UGACCCCACCAUCCAUCCCCCGCAAUCAGUUUUUCCAAUUCAAGAUAACGCCGUUCCUCGUCUUUCCCUCUCUCCUUUCUCCUCUCCCGUAAAUAACAUCUUCACCGCCCAGAAACAGAAACUCCAUUUUUACAUCCCAUUUUCUUAGAGGUCCCGAACCUAACCCAAUCCUCCUCUACUCUGGAUAAAAAUGAUAGUUGCCGGACUCAAGAAAAGGCAGCGGGUGGCCACCACCUCCGCCUCCUCAGUAUUCUUUAACGAUCCCUCCACCGCAGACGUCAUACUCCGCCUCUUCAUUACACCCUCCCCAUUCGAAUCCUCCGCCACCGCCACUCCAGAUUCCGACGACACCUCUUCCAACCACAAAUACGACGACGUUCAGAUCCACCUCCACUCACACAUCCUCCACCGCUCCAAAUACUUCUCCGCCCUCUUAUCCGACAGAUGGCAGCCAACCCACAACCUUAAGAACAACAGUUCCAAUCUCAAACCCUUAAAUCUCAACCUUGGAAUCUCUUCCUCCUCUGGGUCCCUCCAGUCCCACCUCACCGUUCUCCAACUCCUCUACAGUUCCGAUCUCUCCGGUUCCAUCGAUAGCGCCUCCACCGCCCUCGAUCUCCUCCCCGUCGCCCUCGAGCUCCUCUUCGAGGACUGCGUCAGGUCCUGCGUCCAGUUCCUCGAGGUUGUGCCAUGGACCGAGGACGAAGAGAAGCGAGUUUUAAAUAUAAUCCCAUUUCUGAAGGAGGAAGAGAGCAAGGAACUCCUUGCUAGGGUCUUGCCCGGUCGGAACGAUUCGUGCGACGAAAUGCUCCGAGGCCUGGUGUUGUCCGCCAUUCACAAUUAUCCGAACGUGGCGUUCGUGAAGGCCUUCGUGGCGAAGAUUCUGAGGGAUUUCUCGUCGAUGGAAUCGGCCAAGAGGGUAUUGGAGAGUGCGUUCGAGACGAGCUUGAAGGUCGUGAAGGAGUCGCUGGAGGAGUACUCGAGCCCGGACUUCAGAGGGGAUCAUAACGAGACCGAGGCGAUUCAGAGGCUCAAUCUGCACACGGCGAUGACCAACGGCAGACAUUUGCUGUGGUUGGUGGAGAGGAUGAUCGAACUGAGGGUGGCCGAUACAGCGGUCAAUGAGUGGAGCAACCAGGCGGCCUUCACGGCCGAUUUGCAGAGGGCGUUUCGGGACGAUGCGUGGAGGAAUAUCGUGCCAGGGUUACCGGCUGUUGUGCUGAGAUGCACCUCUAAGCUCGCUAAUGCUGUCGCUGCGGGCAACAUUUUGGCCACCAGACAGGUUAGAAAGAAGCUUGUGAAAGAUUGGCUUCCUGUUCUUAUCGCGUGCAAGGACAAUGUGUCGCCCAUGUCGCCUGGUAACAAAUCACUGUACCUGGAAUUGGAAGAGACAUUUCUGAGAAUAAUCUCCACACUGCCCAUGUCAGAUGCGCAGGAAUUGUUGCAGCAGUGCCUCAGCUUUUCGACGCGAAAUGUCGAAGAUUGCCCUCACUUGUUCACAGCAUUCAACACCUGGUUCCGCCGGGCGGCUCGACCUCCAGGAACAGGAACAGACGGCCUCUGUUAGAGGUACUGCUGUUUUAAGUUGUGAUUGUAGAUAGAUGUUGUGCCAUCGUGCUGCUGUCGCAACCGGGGGUUCAGCCUUUUCUGUCAAUUACUGUGCAUAUAUUAUCAGUGUUAUAGAUAGUUAGAGCUUUGUAUUGGACAGUGUAUAUAAAACUGUAUCUAUCCCGCGUCUGCAAUGCAACACAAGCAAGCUUGAGUGCUUUUGAUA